AAAAAUGAAUCCAUCGCGAACGAGCGUGUAUUUUUGACGUUGGCUGUCAACCUCGAUCUGUCAACGAGAAUUUUCGACACUUCCACACACAUUGAAAUAAAAAAAAUCUUUUGGAUUUUGUUUGGGCAAUAUAUAAUUUUUGAUUGUAAAAUUCAAUGGCCUUACUUUGGAUACGGCCUGGAAAACAGUGUUUAAGUGUGAUUACAUUCAAUCAACUAUCGGCGGUUGCAACUUUUCGCUCGUUCAGAAUGACGGCACGGCAGCGCUCUGAGAAAGUGCUGGAGCAGAUGAAGGAAUCGAAUCCCUACUUUGAAAAAUAUGCUCGAAAGAUUUCAGCCGUGCAGCAAAGUUCGCCCGAAGCGUUUUUGGCCAAGCUGGAAAAGGUGGAAAAAGACAGCAACAAGCCUAAAUUCGGCCCAUCUGAACGAGCCCGUGACUACUCGGGCCUGCUAAAUCCCAAAGCCCCACUGGCAAAGAAACCCGUCGAAGAUGCGGCUCACAAAAACCUGGGAGAUAUCAUGAAACUAGAUUUGGUUGAACAACGAAAUGCGGAUGAAAUCGCACAUAUUUGGUUGCAGUACCAUCAGGGAAAGGAAGUUAUUUGCGCGACUAUUCCUCUCGAGCAAUACGAUCUGAUGAUGAAACGAGCGAAAAAGUAUCCCGUUUUUAUCUUACCGAUUCCAAGAAGCCAAGGAUAUGAAUUUAUGAUGUUGCAAUUCUUCUCCAAUACAAUUCAUUUUACUCCAUUGAUUAAUUAUCAGGUUCACAAAGAAAAUGCACCGGAAUGUUUGAAUAUCACGUUGUAUACGGAGUUGAGAAGCAAAGGACUGGUUCUGAUGCGAGGUGAAUAUGAUACCAAGGUUAUCAAUGGCCAGGAGGCACAAUGCUUGGCUAACCAGCUGCAAAUGUACUACAGUCAGCAAAGUGAUUCUAAGCUGGAACUAUUAGAAAAGUUUACCAACAAACCAGAGAAUUUUAAACACAUGGAUGUCAUUGAAGAGCUGAAUAAUUUAAAAAUCGAGAGUUAAGCAUUGCUCGCAAAUGUUAUCGCAAUCAAGUUUUAUUGAAAUAAAAUGUUGGCUCAAUUUCUUCAAUCUUA